AUGGUUGCUAGUUUCGUCGCUUCAUCGUUGGCCGUUGGCCAUAAUGCUGUCAAAUCUAUACUCUUCCGAAUCGCCGGUCUCUGCCUUCAGAUAGGCGUUUUCAAGCUCUUUUCCCUUAUCGCGUCGGCAAAAAAUGCCUUUACUGCCUAUUUGAUGUUUACUGAGGAUUAUAUUCAGAGGUCCAUGUUCAUAUUCUCUCGCGGAUUUACGCAUCAAGCUGUUCUCGUCUUUUUCUUUACCAUUCUCCUACUUGGCUCUGGGCUAUAUGACACACUGCUUUGGGGUCUAGAUUUUCCCGGGUAUAUUUCACUAAAAAGUAACAUCACAGCUUCCACAGUCAAGGAUAACUUGCUCAAGAGGCCUGGAUACGUGGUAUUCUCCUCCACAAGACCAGAAGAUCUCGACACGCUGGACCGCCAUUUUACAGACAGUAUGAACGCCAAUUUGUUCCAAUCGAAUCUAAAUUUCUCGUUGACUGGCCAAGUCAGCCUGGGGAAACCAGAAACAAUCCCUCCAACCCAAAAGUUCAACCUAGCGAAGAACAUAGGGCCACGAAUAUGGCUAGAUAAGGAAGGAUUUUCCGUGUCGCCCGAUACGUACGUCACCACCAGCUCGAUAUCCAACCUCGAGACGAAGGAAUACUACAUUUGCCCUUGGGUCCCUCUGGUGGAAGAUCAAUCCGCGGCAUGGGAAUGCUCGUUCGACAAUAUCCACGCGGAGCAGCUUUCGCGAAGCCCACUCGGCCAACCGGAAAUUCACUGGGAUGAUGUAACAGACCAGAACUAUCUAUCUCAGUAUAUGCGCCCAAACCGAGAGGACAACCCCUGGAGCUUCUUAGGCACCGGAGGCGACACUGCCAUGAUGAAACAGAUGUUUACUGUCACCAAAGGCCGAAGAAGACAUACCUUCCUGGAUACUGCGAUGAAAAUAUCGGCGGUUUACGACCACAAGCAGCCUUUCCCGAGGGAUUCAGUGCAUGAUCUCGUCAAGAGGACCUGGUCUCUGGACCCAGCAACCUGGGAUGACCCGCUUAUCACCAAAAUCACCGAUAAGAUUCAAGCCGGUGUAAGGAACAACACAAGUUUUCAAUACGGCUCAGUUCAAAAAACUGGGAACUCCGUUUUGCAGUUCCACUACGAAUACUUAAACCUCCUCGCGACUCAAGAUGUGGUGGUCUUUUCGCUUUUUCGCAUCUCGUUAGUCAACAUUACCAUCAUUCGUUCGGAAACGCUGCCCGAACCUGUCAAGCCAUUGGAGGCUUGUGAUCACUACUACCAUAAUCGAGCAUCAGGGGGCAAGUUAUAUGGCACGUCAUGCUAUGAACAAGGCACUAUGAACGAGACUGGCGCACGCUUCUUUGGGCAGCUCGAUUGCUCCUCUGUUCUUGUCAUUGGCGGCACCCUUGGCGACGGUAGUUCCAACGUUAGCUCCGUAGCACUCAAUCAAAAGGGCUUUGAAUGGGUUGCAAACCACGGAGAUACACUAGAUAACCUCGUCCUAUCCAGAGGCUAUAUAAUGGCCAUCGACCCGAGCCUUGUCACUUUAGAGACCAGCAAGGUGCAGGCAGCAAUGUCACCCCUCCAGGUCCUGCUUUUUAUAUUGCCUGUCGUCUUUUGUGCUGCUGUUUGGGGCUGGCUAUGGUUUUUUGUCGAACCACACUACUCUUCUUCGCUCCUUGCCAACCUCUAUGCAACCACUGACAUUGGAGGCACAAAUACCAGUACCAAUCCUGGAUAUAUACAAAAUAUGCCUGAUAUUGAUUUCAUCAAGAAGGAUGGGAAGGUACAAAUGGCCACUGCAACCGGAGUUUUCGUUCAUAGCGAGUCUGAAGCUGUGACGAAUGUGAAUAUGGGUUACCAGAAAACCGACCCAAGGGGCUCAUAUACCCCUAUUCAAGGUACAGGAAACGACGAAUCUCCUACUCAAGUGUAA